AUUCUCUUAGUGGAGUAAAUCAGCCAAGAUUUGAUUGUAAACCGGGCUAACCUAACUUAUCUGACAGGACAAGCAAAUUAGUGGCUUCAAAUACCACUUAUUAGCCCAAUAAUUCUUAGGAAACUAAAAUAUCAAGUUAUAUUUCCAUUUAAAUAAUUGUAGCAAACAUGGAAAUCAACUUUAUUUCAAAACAUGUUCUUGUAACUGGGGCUGGAAAGGGUAUUGGGCGAGAACUGGCCAAGCGAUUGGCUAGCUUGGGAGCUGAGGUGGUUGCUGUCUCACGUUCAAGGGAUGGGCUUGAUUCACUGUCAGCAGAAGUGAAAAACAUUAAGACAAUUGUUGUAGAUCUGGCUGACUGGGAUGCAACGCGGGCUGCCAUACAGUCUGCUGGUCCUAUUGAUUGUCUUGUUAAUAAUGCUGCCCAUGCCUCCCUUGAGCCUUUCCUUGAUGUCAAGCCAGAAAAUUUUGACAAAUCAUUUGCUGUGAAUGUGAAGGCAGUGAUCAAUGUGAGCCAAGUUGUGGUAGAAGGAAUGAUAAAGCGUAAGAGUGGAGGUAGCAUUGUUAAUAUCUCAUCUCAGGCUUCCCAGGCGGCCCUGGCAGACCACACAGUGUACUGUGGUACAAAAGGAGCUCUCGACAUGGUAUCUCGUGUUAUGGCCCUGGAACUGGGCCCACAUAAUAUUCGUGUCAACUGUGUCAACCCAACUGUUGUUCUAACAGAUAUGGGGAGACUGGGCUGGUCACAACCUGAAAAAGCCAAUCCCAUGCUUGCAAAGAUACCUCUGGGAAGAUUUGCAGAAGUACAUGAGGUGGUGGAUGCUGUUGUCUAUCUCCUCAGUGAUAAAUCUUCCAUGAUAAAUGGUGUCACUCUCCCUAUAGAUGGAGGGUUCCUUGCUACGUAACAGAUUGAAAAUGAUGUGGAGACACUGUUCUAAUUACAAAACUAGAAGCCCCAUGUUAAGAUGAGCAAUCAUUUUUAUGAAAUAACAGGCAUAUAAAUAUUUUGAUAGCUACUGUAUUGUAUACUCAUUGUAAAGGUAGCAAAACUUACCAUAUGAAAAUUAUAACAUGUUUAGGUAAUUCUUUAGCUGGUUAUGUUAUUUACUGACUCUGUAUCAAAUCUCAAAGCUAUAUGGUGUCAAUUACAUGGAAAGAUCAUUUCCAAGUAUAAACUGAAUAAGGAUU